AUGAUUCAGCGUACGCACCAGCUUCCUCACUUGGGUGGCCAGUUCGCCAGAUGGAAGGUUGACCAGGCCAUCGCAGUUUCAAACCUUCUCGAGCACUGUGCUCGCAUUGUCCUCAAACGGCUGACCGGCUUUCACGAGAUCUUCAAUGUCGUCGCAGCACUAAUAGGAGCGCUGUCGCUGGCUGCCCUCGCUUUCGAUGAGUUCCAUCCCACCUCAUCGGAUAGCCUCCUUGCGGCGGAGGGGCUGCUCGCCAGUUGCGGGCUCACCCUUGUGACCGCCGUCAUGGUUGCCACCAUGCUCUUGUUCAAAUACAGAGACUUCGAAGAACCGACCCGGCUCGACCUCGCCGUGGCCUGGACGCCUCUGGUCCUGCUCGACCUGAGCAUUGUAGAGCUCAUUCUUGGCCUGGUCAUUUGGUACGGUAGCAAGAAUGGAGGGUGGCGAAUGGGUGUCAUCGUAGCACAGCUUUUCGUGUUCUUGACGCUCGCUGUGGCGAUGGCAGUGUGGAUGUGGAAUACCAUGAGCACUCCUGGCGGACUGGGUGCACAUGAAGGUGCGCCGACAACUUCACCCACCGCAGGCCAUCAGCAGCCAGACAAGCCCAGUGCGCCUUGA